GCGUCCAGGAGUCAGCCACGCGACCGGAGUCACCCGUGGAGCAUGGUGAGCGGCACGCCCUGCGCGGGGUGGCAAUCGCGGCCGGGUCCGCGGUCGCGGCGGCCGGGGCUUAGGGCGCGGUCUGUCGGCGCUCGUGCACGACGACCCAGCGCUCAAUCCAUUCUGGCCAUACGCUCAGCAACAUGCAGCUGCUGCGCCGACGGCGGAUGCGUGCGCGCCAGUUUGCGCAGCAGGCCCGCCACCGCCGCCACCAGCGGGCCCGCCGCCGCCGCCCCCUCCAUUUGUGGAGCGGCUGGGUGUCACGGGCACCGACACCGCCCCUGGGAGCAGCGGCGAGGAGCACGGGCCCGCUCAUGGAGGCAGCGGUGGUCAUCUCGGCCACCUACAACGCCCUGUCCAUGCUGCGCGCUCGCACUCACGCGGCGCCCGCUGCAGCUGCUGCUGCCGGCCUUGCAAACGACCCCGUGCUACGUCGGCGGCUGUGCUCUGGGACACAAGUAAUGACGGCACCGCCUGCCAACCCUGACCCACAUCAGCCGGCUGCCCAUGCCGACCCCCACGGCGGCAAUGGUGCCGUCCCCGACCCACAGCAGCUGGUGGGCGCUGGCCUCCUCGCCUUUGCGUUGGCAGGCGCUGUCAGCGGAGCUGCCCGUCCCGUUGCUGUAGGAGCCGCGCCAGCUGCAGCAAGCGGUUCGGCGGCAGGAGCGCUAGCACCAGCAGUCAUCACUGCGACGCCCCCAGAUGCAGCUGACGAGGACUUUGCGCUCCCACCGUUUCCACUGGAGCCACCAGUGCAGCGUGGGCGUGGGCGGGGCAGGGGCAGGGGGCACGGGCGGGGGCGCGGGCGCACGCAUGGCAGGGCUGGCACGGCCCCGCUGGCUGAUCCUGGUGCUGUGGAGCCACCUCGCAAACGCCGCCGCAGCUUGGGCACGGACGAGCGAGAACGGGAUGCUGUGCAGCGGCGCCGCCGGCAGGCAGGCAUGAACGCAGUGCAGCAACGGCAGCACCUGGCUGCACAUGCCGCAGCAGAGGCGGAGCGGCGGGAGGGCAUGGACGAGGAGCAGCGGGCGCAGUACCGCGCCGCGCAAGCCGCAGCAGAGGCAGAGCGGCGGGAGGGCAUGGACGAGGAGCAGCAGGCGCAGUACCGCGCCGCGCAAGCCGCAGCAGAGGCAGAGCGGCGGGAGGGCAUGGACGGGGAGCAGCGGGCGCAGUACCGCGCCGCGCAAGCCGCAGCAGAGGCGGAGCGGCGGGAGGGCAUGGACGAGGAGCAGCGGGCGCAGUACCGCGCCGCGCAAGCCGCAGCAGAGGCAGAGCGGCGGGAGGGCAUGGACGGGGAGCAGCGGGCGCAGUACCGCGCCGCGCAAGCCGCAGCAGAGGCGGAGCGGCGGGAGGGCAUGGAUGAGGAGCAGCGGGCGCAGUACCGCGCCGCGCAAGCCGCAGCAGAGGCGGAGCGGCGGGAGGGCAUGGAUGAGGAGCAGCGGGCGCAGUACCGCGCCGCGCAAGCCGCAGCAGAGGCGGCGCGUGUUGCAGUGAUGCCCGCCCAGCAGCAGCAGGAGCGCCGGGACGCGCGGGCCGCCGCUGAGGCGGCGCGGCGGGAGGGCAUGGACGAGGAGCAGCGGGCGGGGGAAGCAGACGCACGCCGGCAGCGCCGUGCACGACAGCGCUUCACAGCCAGCACGGAGCGGGGUCCGGCCAUCAAGCGCAGAUUCGAGGAGUCGUGCGACCACGUCUGCGAGUGCUGCAACCGCUGCUUCUACAGGGCCGGUGUCACGGUCACGGAGCACCCGGUCGCAUGCUCCACGCUGUUUCGGCUUCUGCGCGGUGCCGGCGACCUCGGCACCGACCGUGACCGGGACGAGCUAGACGAGCUGGAGCGCGGCGUUGGUGCUUACGCAGCUGACGGCGCGGUGGACGCUGACCCUGUUGGCGCCGAGGCUGACGCGGGCGGCGGCGUCGGGUUGGAGGCGGAGCUGGAGGCGGAGGAGGCCCCACCGGCAGCUGAGCCCAUGCAGCAGCGGCCGCGCCGGGCUGCCCUUCGCGGCCGCACUGGUGGCUGCACUGGUGGCCGCAGCCGUGGCCGUGGCCGCCACGGGCCACACGGCCAGGCGGCGGCGGCGGGUGCUGGCGGACAGGCCGCACCUGGCGGUACAGGAGCUGCCGCCGCAGCUCCGAGACUUGUGCGAGGGCGAGUGGCGGCGUUGCGGGCGUGUAGGCGGGCCGCUGAGGACGCGGGCAACAGGGCAGCUGGUGAUGCAGAUGCGGAUGCGGAUGCUGGCGAGAGCAAUGGCGCACUCGCACCAGCACACUCACCGCUGGCACCAGCUGUGGAGCAGCCCAGUGGGGCUCUGAGGGCGCCAGCUCGCCGCCGUUUGCGCCGGCUGGCGUCUGGAGCUGGCUUGGAUGCGGUAGCAGCACCUGCCGGGCUGGCUGACGCCCCCGUGGCACGGGCGGUCCCCGCGGACGUCGCCGAGCUGCCCGGGCUUGAGGACGAUGGCGUCGACAGCGAUGCCGACGAGCCGCGGCAAGCCGCGGGCCGCGCGCUGCCGCCGGAGCUAAGGCUGUUUGGGCCGCGGCCCGACUGCAGCCGCGGCUGCGCUCACAACCACCAGGUCGCUGUGCCCCACGACAGCCCGGCAGGCCUCGAGCCAUCUCCCGGCACCGUGCCAGGGACAUCUGGCGGCGUGGCGCAGCAGCGCGCCGGCGGCAACGCUCCGGCAGCGGCGGGCCUUGAGCCGGCCAACGCAAUGCGGCUGGACCGGCUCAUUGCCACCGCCGGUGCACAAGGCGCGGCCGCUGCGGUUGCUGGCGCCAUCGUCGGCGCUGCACUCCAUCGCGGCGCAGUUGCGGCUGGGAAUGUGGGCGAUGGUGAGGAGGACGCCAGCGGUGGCGGCGCAGACGCGCGAGCCACAGUGGCCCCGGAGCCGCCGCUGCCGCCAGUAGACGUUGUGAUGGCGGACGCCAACCCGGUGCUGCCGCGCGACGCGCUCCACACCGCAACAACCCGGGCAGGGCGGGCCGCUCGGGCGCGGGAGGAGCGGACCAUGGCCACAACCAUCACCACCCGCACCGGUGGAGUGCUCAGCAUCCAUGCUCACCCUGACCUGGAGCCGGCCGCCUUCCCCAACCUGUACCCCUACGGCACCAACCACUUCUGCACCAACCGGGAGCAGCCCAUCGGCAUCGCGGCCUACUUCACCAACCGCGUGCAGAACGCCGACCCCUGCUUCCAGCUGCCAGUGUACCUGGCAUGGGCGGUCAGCCUCUCCGUGUACCUGCAGCUGCGCAACCAGAUCAGCGUCAGCCUGCGCAUCCAGCAGAACGGGCGCGCCCCGAGGCUCAACACGCUCCGCCGGCAGGUCGCUGCGCUUCACCGACAGCACCGCCGCCAGGACGCUGCUGUACCGGACCCUGCCGCUGCUGGUGAGGCAGCACCGCCCAGGCCAGCCGCUGCUCUGCUGGCUGGCGGCAGGCCCGGGCGGUGGAACCUGUACUCGGGCGGCGCCUGGCCAGCAGGAGGAGGAGGAGGAGAACGAGGCGGCGGCGGGUGCUGAUGACUUUGGCAACAUCGAAGCCACUGCCCGCGCCAUCCUCAGCAACAUCCGA